AUAUAAGAAUCUCACUAACUGAAAUCACUUAGUUUACAAAGUUCACACAAAGAAAAUCAGUAAAAAUGGUACCCAAAUCAACACUACACUCAAACAAGAAGAAAAAGGACGUGAUCGAGAAACCGAUAGCAAAAACGAAAAAAAUGAAAAAGAAGAACUACCAGAGCUUUUCUAUUUAUAUUUUCAAAUUGCUACGAAGUGUAACGAAAGAGAGUUUCGGUAUAUCGAGGCAUUCUAUGUUGAUAAUGAACAAUUUUGUGAACGAUAUGCUAGAGAAGAUAGCUUCGGAGGCUGGUAAACUAGCGAGCCACAGUAAGAAGACGACAUUGGGAAGCAGGGAGAUGCAAUCAGCGAUUAGGCUAGUACUACCCGGUGAAUUGGCGAAGCACGCGAACAUAGAAGCUAUGAAAGCGAUAACGAUGUACCAUAAUAGCCACGAAAGGGAAGGUAAAACACCGUAAAAACAUUAAUUUGACGUAGAAAUUGUAAUAAACUUUAUUUGUUUUGAUUUAAUAUUUGAUUAUUUAUAAAUUAACAAGGUCCUUUUUAGGACCGAACAA